AUGUGGUUAGAGAUAGCAACUAGUGCUCCAAAUAGGAUUUCGACCUUGUAUCAGUAUCUUUUCAUUGUAGUUUUAUACCUUUUCAACAAGUCGACUAUUACGCAUGUAACCGAAAAAAUUCUAUUACAUGUAAAUGUCAUCAAUAAAUCUUUAUCGGUAUCUGAAAAUUCACAGGCUAGUUCUACUUGCAUUUUGAAAAAUUUUAAAGCUUUAAAGCAGCUCAAAGAUUUCCGAAAUGGUGGAUUUAUUCAAGGCAUACGAGACUGGUUUUAUAAUUUGGGGAACCAAUUUCACGAACGAUUAUUUGGACUAACAACUACGCCACCACCUCCUUUAACAAUUGAAAUAUCAAACUUGGACAAAUUUGAAUUACAAAAUAUCAUCAAAAAUCAUGAAUGGCAUCUAUUGAAUUUAUCUAUAUUGUCUUUCGAUCCUAAUCAAGACUGGGGAUUUCACGUUGGUGAUUGGUAUUUUAUUCAGAAGGGAUUUAAUCUAAACGGAUUUGAAGAGAAUUCUGACAAAUUAAAUUUCCACACAUUAAGUACUGCUUCGCCAAAAGAUUCAAUUGAAACAGAAACUGAACAAACUUUGGAUGUUAUGAAGGAUCCAGAAACAACGGAAUCUUCACAAACGAUCUCAUCUGUGGGAACACCUACGACGCAUUUCAUUAAUUCGCAGACAACACCAACCAUUGAACAGAUUGGUUCUUCUAAAAACUUUUUACCAAAAGUUGAUAAAUCAUUGCAGGAGAAUGAAACCGAAAACGAUUUUGUUCAUAAAGGAUCUGUGGAAGUUCUUAUGGGAUAACAGAAAGUUUUAUGCUUGACAUAUAACAUUUUGUAAUUCCUUUAAACCUUCCACUUUUAAUGAAUGGAACAUUUCUAAUUUUUAUACGAAAAUAAAUAUUCCUGUUAACAAAAUAUGUGUUUAUAAAUUGUAGAGGACAUUAACCAAGUAGCGCUAAAAAACCUAAUGCGAAGGACGCAUCCCUGGGCAAUAUCGUUAAAAUAAUUGUAAAAGCUACUUUAUGGGACUGACUUUUAUCUAACCGCACAAAGAGAAUUUUAUAUAAGGCUGAAACUACAUAAAAUCUUACUCUCU